CUCUUUCCAUGUGCCCCUUCUACUCCUACCCUUGCUGUUGACCUCCGUGUUCUCCGAUUUGUGGAUAUGCUUGCUUUGCGCACUGCCCCAAAUGUAUCAGCUUGGAGUGAUACUCUUGAAGCAUACUUGCUAGGCAUGGGUUACAAGUUUCCAAUGAAGGAUCGCCUACGCCGCAGAUUUCAGCGCAGCUAUCAUUGGUAUCGGGUGCUAGACCGAUUUUCACAGGAGCAUCUU